GCCACAUUUCCAAUUCCCCGAGUCCAUGCACGGUUCUGUUCCCAUCCCAUUGCCUCCCACCACCGCCGCCGUCCGGAAACCCACCGUGGUUUUCACUACCCCGGCAAACUACGCAAUCAAACUCUCCAAUCUACUCACUCUCAGGGGACACACCCCUCUUUGGUGUCCCACAAUCACCACCGACCCCACGCCGCAUGCCCUCUCUUCCCACCUCUUCCCCCACGCCCUUUCUCUUCUCUCUGCCAUCGCAUUCCCUUCUCGCACCUCCAUUACAUCUUUCUCCCUUGCUGCUCUCCCCCUCAAAAAGCCCCUCCUGCCGCCGGAGGGGGAUACAUUCAUUCUUGCGGCACUGGGCAAAGACGCGGAGCUAAUUGAUGGCGUGUUUAUUUCUCAAAUUUGUUCCAACUUUCAGCGGAUUAAAGUGUUGGUUCCUCCGAUUGCUACCCCGAGUGGCUUGGCACGAUCGCUUGGAGAGGGAGGCGGCAGAAGAGUGUUGUGUCCCGUUCCACGGGUCGUAGGAUUGGAGGAGCCCCCGGUUGUACCGAAUUUUCUCAGAGACCUAGAGGCUGUUGGUUGGGCUCCGGUCAGGGUUGACGCGUAUGAGACGAGGUGGAUGGGACCCAGUUGCGUGGAGGGCGUGGUGAGAAGGGGCGAGGGGGAUGGGGAAGUGGACGCGGUUGUGUUCACCAGUAGUGGGGAAGUGGAGGGGUUUUUGAAGAGUCUGAGGGAGUUGGGAUGGAAUUGGGAGAUGGUAAGGAGGAGAUGGCCCCGGCUGCUUGUGGCGGCGCAUGGGCCAAUCACGGCGGCAGGGGCAGAGAGACUUGGGGUGGACGUUGAUGUUGUGGGCUCUAGAUUUGAUAGUUUCAAUGGUGUAGUUGACGCACUUGAUCAGAGAUUGUGUGAGUUAGAACACAAACAGGAUUGAACGUAAAGUGUUCGAGAAAAGUCCCGUGAGAACACUUCACUCCAUUAUUAUGCUAACUAAGUUCAUCCAGCUAUUUCCGUAAUCGUGUCCAAUUUAAUGAAGUAGCCUUCACUAUUUAACUCCAUAAUGCAAUUUCAGUCCUCAGAAUUCACAUUUCUUCCUCCAUCAAGGGAAAGCAAAACCGAAAUACAUUUGCCAUGGGAAAAACUCAUAUGAGCUUGUAGCUCGGUCGGCAAUAUCCACGGCCAUCUGUAAAAGAUGGGUUGGCUUACGCCUUCCUCAAUGUCAAGAUGCUCAUCAUUGUUCAGUUUAUUGAAAUCAUGUUGUUGUUUAUACAUCAUACAUUCUCCGGAUCAGACCCCAUCAGUAUUGCUUGCUAUUUAUGGCAAGAUAUCAUGUAUUUUAGCUGAAGAUGGUUCUGUGAAGCUCCAAUUGCUGAUUCAAAGAUACAGAAGAAUCUAAGGAGCAUAAAAUUCUGCAUGAUGCAUUCUGAUGAAUCUACUUCAAAUUAAUGUUUCUUCCUUUGUGGCUUCAACCUAGAUUGAAGCUUCAAUGCAUCUUCCGUGGAUGGCCGAUCCAAAGGCCUGCUUCUAGUGCAGAGCAGAGCAACUUCAAGAACCAGCUUCAUCUCCUCCUUGCACUCCAACAUUGCUAGAAGCAAAAACUGAAAUUCAUUUUGCCAUGGGACUGAGUUCUCUCUAUCAUUGCCUUUGAGCUGGCAGCUCAGUUGGCAAAAUGCAUCACUAUCCAUAAAAGAUGGGCUGGAUU